AGUUUGAAAGGAGAGAGAGAGAGUGAGCUGGUGAGAGAGCGGCACAGGAAGUGGCGAAUUCUGUUUCAGAGAGCGUCAAAAUUUUCACCAGUGCGGUCGUAGAAUAAGCUCAUUCCUACCUUUAUUUUUCUACAGAUAGUUAGAAACCGAAAUUGCAAACGGCAAAUCACUGGAAUUACUUUCAACUAUCUUAACUCUACUGCCUUAUAAAUAUUCUCCACCCCGCCACCAUCUUUGAAAUAGUACCGUUAGCUGGAGUAACAAAUAAAAAUAGAACAUAACCUAGAAACGAGGAAAAAAAAGCAUUCCAAGGGAUUUAAAUCACAAAUAAGCCAAAGCAAUCGUACCAAAAGUCCUAAAAAAAAAAACAAAAAAAACAAAAGCGACAACAAAUACAUAGUAUGAAUGUCGCCUAAAUAUCAUCAUUUCGAGAUUGCACUGGUCUACUUUCUGCUCCUGAUACCAUGGCCGCCGACGAAUGUGCUGAGGUUGCUCUGUUCCCGAGAUAACAGCCGGCUGGUGCGCAAAAUAGUGCGCUCCAAAUGGACACCAAUUCUGGACAAGCAUCAGGUGAAGCUACCAUUGGAGUGUCCGCUGCAUCCUUUCCGGGAUGUUUUUGCCCCCAGACAGGAUGCCAAGCAGCGGGAUCGACCCACACAGUGGACGUGUCGGAGAUGUGGGAAGAGCUUCUAUCAGGAGAAGCAUCUGGAUCUGCAUUUCGACACACGCCACAAGCAUAUUAUAAAUGAGGCGGAGGAUGCCGUUUGCCUGGCCGACUUCUGCGACAUCAUGCGCUGCGAGGUCUUCGAGACGGAGGAUGCCUCGAGCCUGAAAUUCGGCGACCAGCACAUCGUCACGGACAUCGAGGUCUGGGGCGAUUCCUUGGGACAAAAUUCCGCCUUGGCCAAAGCGAAUGCCGCCUACUUGAGCUUAAUACCAAGAACUUCCACAUUGGGUGCCUCGCGUGCCGCCAAAGUACAAAACCGUCAAUUACCGCCAGACUCCAAGCCAGGUCAGGAUCAGUCGCCGGCAGGUGAGCGUACCCCACAUCCACAUACCCAUUCCCACUACCACCAUACCCGAGAGCGUGCAACCACCACCACAGCCAAUCCGCUUCGCCUAGAUGCAUCCCCGGAGGACGGUUCGGCGGCCAGGCCCAAGUCCGCGGGCGAGAAGCUGCUCCACAAGCUCAAGGAGCUGGGCAAGGCGCAUCUGAAGGCCGGCGGUACACCGUCGCAGGACUCCAGAAAGCAGAACGACACAGAAGAUGACGAGGAUGAGGAGGGAGCGGAGGACGGCUCGGGAAGUGGUCAGGCGGAGGGCAGUGGUCAGGCGACGGAUCCGGCCAAAGCGGAAGAGGGCUCCGGCGCCAAUGGCAAUGGCAACAAGGCCCGGGCCAACUGCAAGCCGGAGGAGCUGAGCAAACUGAAGACCCGUUGCGAAAUGCUGCUCAGGAGUUGCAUCGGAGGACUUUUGCUGUCCAUGACGGAUCAGGCUUUCAAGGAAAUGGAAGAGGAAAUGAACAAGGCGGUGUGCUGGUACCUAACCUGCGAUCGCUACUGGGAGGACGGACCUCUGGAGCCGCGCGCCUUUCCCUGGGGCCUCAUCAUCAUCCUGAUCUUUGUACUCUCCACGGGGAUAUGCUUCUGCUACUACAUCAUCUGGAUACUGUUCGAUCAUCUAUUUCAGCUCCGAAGAGACGACAAUCAGUGCGAAUCACUACCACUACGGACAGCAUCAGGGCAGUCACAGUUCCGGUAUCGGAGGCGGCGGGAGCAUUUACAUGCCCGGAGCAGGAGUGGGUCAUCAUUACCAUGUGGAUUAUGCCACGCGUCACGACCUCGACCUGGACGCCGGCGGGAUAGCUUCUCAACAACAACAACAACAACAGCAGCAGCAGCAGCAGUUGCUCCAGGAGCAGCAAUUCUAUUACCAACAGCAGCAGCAACAGCAACAGCAACAAGUGCAACAGCAGCAACAGAACGUCCGGGAUUUGUAUCCGGAACAGGUGCAAUAUCUGCGGCACAGUCCACGGCAUUACAUCGCCGAUCAGCGUCAAGUGGCGGGAUCGGGAGUGGGAGUGGGAGUGGGACCGGUUCCUGUGGGCACACCCACCCAAGGGGCCGUGCGCAGCAGCUCCUCCAACGCCAACACGCCGUUGCACCAUCGGCCUCACCCGGUGGGUCAGCAUCCCCACCUGCAGCACCGUCACUCGACGAGCCUGGCCUACCCACAGGACAUUUUAGACCGACGCGAUUAUACAAGUAGCUCGGCGGCACGAUCCAUGACCACCAGUAGCAGUGGUUCCGUAACGGUAACGGGAGUCACGGAGCCCCAGAGGCACUAUAAUACGCAUCCGCGUCCACUGGACACGAGGCAUCGCCAUGUGGGCUCCUCGCAGCAAUCCCUACGUGCCUCCGCCUCCACGCACGAGAUCGUGCAACAGGAGGCGGGUCUCGGUCAGAACGAGCACUACAUCUAUGUGACCUAUCCGCCGGACCUCAAGAAGAGGUACUUCGAGUAGAGAAGUCGAUCCUAGAAGCUCCUAAGAAGCCUUCGCGGAGGGAAGAGUCAUUAAGAAGAAAGUCGGAGAGACCAAAAAAAAAAAAAAACACAUGAAACGAAACCAAAGCUAGAGAUCAAUCAUUUGAUCCGGAGGAUAUAUAGUAUAUUAUAUAGUGUGAGAGCAGUGAGAGAGAGAGGCUAUAUCCGGAAGGAGAUGGAGGACUGGCCGCCAACCUAAGCCCACAAGUUGGUUUUUUACUUUUUAGCCUGCAAAUUCUAGAUUUGUGAACUGUGCUGUUCUUUUUUUAAUUCUACAAAAUAAAUUGCAAUAUUUCUGUACAAUAGAAAA